AUGGCAUUCGAAAAGCCAGUCGUCGUGUUGGACCAUGGAAGCUAUGUAAUGAAAGCCGGAUUUGCAUGCGAUAAUCACCCUGUCUCCAUGUUUAGAACGCUCGUCGGCCGCCCUAAUUAUUUAAAAGGUACUUACGGACGGGAAUAUUACGAUGUAUUUAUUGGAGACGAGGCUGAAGAGAGAAUCGACGAUUUAGAACUGAGCAGUCCUGUUGUUAACGGCCAGAUUGUACACUGGGAUAACAUGGAGAGAAUUUGGCAUCAUGUGUUUUAUAGGGAGUUGAAGGCGGCGCCUGAAGAUAGAUCUGUUAUGAUGGCUUGUGAUAAUUGCUCUACUAUGGAAGAGAAGAUAAAAUGCUGCGAAAUAUUUUUCGAAGUAUUAAAUUCGCCGGGCUUGUGCAUCCAAUCACAAAGCGUUCUGGCCAUGUACGGGUCUGGUUUCACAACCGGCGUAUGCGUAGACAUCGGUUAUGAUACUACGGAUGUAAACCCCGUGUUUGAGGGAGGCAUGAUCAAAUAUGCACAUAUUCAGACCGGUUUGGCAGGCGCUCAAAUAUCGAACUAUAUAAAACACAGCCUGGUCCAACGCAACCUAGCUCACGUAAUCAAAACUCCGAAGGAUAUAGACGAUAUUCUUAGAAACCAAUUGUACAUAACCCCUGACAGUUCCAUGCCAAGAAAAAAUUGCAAGAGGUCGGUCAACGCGGUUUGCGGUGAGGCAAUCGAUCUAACUAAUGAAGCGUUCAUGGCGGGCGAGAUGUUUUUCCAACCGGACUUUGUGAUGGGUGAAAAGACAAAUUACAUCCCAUUGCAUGACGCUGUGUUGACGGCUUCGUUAAAGUGCGAUUCGGAGCUGCGUCCCGAGCUAUACGACGCGAUUGUACCUUGCGGUGGCUUCGCGAUGGUUCCAGGUAUCAACGAAAGGCUACAAAUCGAGCUGGAAAAUCUAACACAUCGGCCAGUUACAAUUUCUUCGUCGUCGGAGGCUUACGCUGUCGUGUGGCUCGGCGGAGCGACGUUCGCGGGGCUGCCAGACGCUAAAAAAAUGUGGGUGACGAGAAAACAAUAUGAGGAAUACGGUGUUAAAAUAAUUAAAAACAAAUUCAUGUAA